UUGCAGACGGCAUUGACCGUGAAAAAGCUCAAAAUAUUGCUAGCUUUUAAACAAUAUUUUGAAUACCCUAGGAUACUUUCGCAGUGCUUGUGAACACUCUUGGCGGGAACGAAUUCCAUAUCAGUAGACGAUAACGGCGCGUCAUCGCAAAUACGUAUCUGCAGAUGAAUCCUGCGGAGCAGAAGAACUAGCAUCCUCGAGUCUGAGAGGGAUGCCGGGAUGCAUGUGAGCAUCGAAUCGAAGACUUGCGACGACCUCCUGUCUCCAGCUAAAUAACAGCGUGCAUACCUAUAUACCGACCAACCGCGACGUGGUGGCGUUGUUCAACACGUCUUUGAAUCCGUCGUGUGCAGUUUCUCUGCGGUGUUGUGCCUUGCCUGCAGCGUCAACGGGCAUGUUGCUCGCUCCUUCGGAGAUCCACUUCCUGCACAAUUCCGCGUCGCAUGGCUUGCGGCUGGCGCCCGACGUCUUGGACGACGUCAGCCACAGGCUACAGGAGAACCGUGAGACGGUGCCCCGGAUUCAGGUGGUCGAGAAAGAUGGGACGUGGUUUGCGCUGAACAACAGCUACCUGCACGUGUACCGUGAGCUGGAGCGACAGGGAAAGUGCCCAAAGAUACGUGUGGACGUCGUCGCUCUCAGUAAAGUGCCUCAGGACGUUCAGAAAGGGAUGCUGGUGACGGAGACGACGAUGGUCGAGGAGAGGGCCAAGACGGACGGAGAUGGGGAACAGACGCGACGACGCGAAACAGAUGGCAACCGCAGUGGACGAGGUGGAGGCAGCACGGCUAACUACCACAAGAUGGCGGGCGACUCGACAGCGCAGCGGAGGCCCGAGGAACAAGUGAGCGAUUACAGCAGCAGUGACUGCGAAUCUGACUGCGAAGGAUCGGAAUCUGAGUUUGACGAGUCCCUCUCCUGCAACGUCUGCGAACGGUCCUUCACAACCCCGCGUCAACUGUCGCAACAUCAACAGCGCAAGCGUCAUUUCGGAUGUUCAAUCUGCGACUCCAUCUUCCCGACACUGAUGGCGCUAGAACACCACAAGGAGUCCCUAGACCACUGGUCUGAGGACGAGAUUACGCCCACGGACCGCAACGGUGGAGCGGACGACGAAACGGAUGAAGAAUCCGACGACUCGGACGACGAUGACGAAGAACCAGGACCGAGGCCCGAAGAACUGGAGCGUCUCUUGUGACUUCUGCGAACCGCGGCGGUCGGUCAACAACAGCCGCCGCGGCGGAGACAUUGCUGCUGUGGUCAGGAGGUCACACGAUACUGAAGCCUAACUGACGCCAUAUUGGAUGAGGGCAGCUCGGGGUUUGCAGGGCGUCUCUUUUUUGGGGGUCUAGCGCGCACACAUAGGACAUAUGGACCAGAACAGAAUGUUGAAUUGACCGUUUUAUGCAUAGGGAAUGGUCGAGUAUAAGGAAAUCAAAGAGUAGCAUUGUUAUAGAGGAUCGAGUCGAUUGAAUGUAACAAUAGGCGACUGUCCGUUUGGCGGUACGAAUAUAGGCAUUGUAGCAUAUUGACAUAGAGAUCGAAAGAAACUAGAGCGAAAAGAGAUGAUGUCCAGUGUUAUCAAAGAGCGGAAUGACUUGAAGCGACGAUCGGUUAACAGUCGAGAGAUAACAGGAAGCUAUACCGUUUGCGAGCAGAAUAUAUAUCCGUGCACUCAAUGUGAGUUAAGACAUUAUGCAGUAUAGGCUGGUGCUCAACCUGUAAUAAAAGACACGCCGCUUUAUCUUCUAGCUAUACAAGGAACCAGAAUUCCUAUAUGGUGAUCUGGGGUAGCCGGCCCUCGUGAUGAGGGCUACAAUCCCCAUUUUUUUCUUUCUUUCAAUCAAUCAAUCAAUCCUAUAUGGCAGUCCCUAAGGUUGCCUCCACACAGGCCAACUUUUUAUUUAUUUAUUUUUAUUUUUUGCCAGACCAACGUCAAAAAUGGACGAGUAGUUGUGAUCCGGUCACAAAGGUCACCUUGAUUUGACGACUUUGUUUGACGUCGAGAGGAGGACGAGGUGGCUCGUCCCCUCCCGCUCUUCCAGAGGCUUCUAUUCAUCGAUCCUCUGUGCACAACGAAAAUACGAAAACGCCAUCUGUCGGCAAAAAAACAAAAAAAAAAAUAAAAAGCAGCGUAAGAUUGGUCGGAGGAAGUGAAGUGCUGCGCGUGAAGAAGAAGCGGGUAGAUACGAAGGUGGUCGAAGUUGGUCUAAAACAAGUUCGCCCGUUUGAACGUAGUAGGCUUUGGUCGGUACGGGCGAUUACAUAUACGGAUCUCAUUUCUCUCUAGUAUCUUUCAUCGAUCUUUAUGGUGUUUCGAUAACUCCCUUUCGCACUUCGUUUUCUUCUUCUUCUUCGUUGAUUUUUGUACUUAAAAAGAAAAAGUGCCAAAAUUACGAUUGGUACUUUUCGGUUCCGUAUAUAGUACGACGACACGUAUAGACUUCAGGUCAUGAUGGUGGGUACCGCACCUUUCUCAUUUGCUCACGUCGAGUCAUGUUGGCAUAUCGGUCAUAGACUUCGAUCGUUUAUUUCGUCGUGUCUCGCCUCGAGAGAGAGAGGGAAACAAACUUAAUUAUAAGCUUCUCAACUCCAGUCUCUGGACCCUGAAGAUUACAUAUCACUCCACGCAAGCGAAAUCACAGUCUACUUGACCUAUUGAUCAUUUCGUUCUAAAACGUUAUCGUCCUUGAAAACAACCCUACUCCUCGUAUACUUUUUUUUUUCUUUCUGCAUUCCGCACAUUUCUAUGGUUAGUUCUUAUUCUAUAGGAGAUUUACUAGCUACAAAGCUCCCUUCUUUCAUCGGAUGUGCUCAUAACAUUCUGCGAGUCUAUCAUCGUUGAUGUGGUCGUCGAACGACUCUACGUCAAAAUUAGCAGUAGUGACUAUAUGCCUGCUUUGAUCAAAUGCAUAGACCACAUUGCAAGAACAAACAGCAAAUAACAAAAUACGUUGUCGAAUGCUUCUUUGUGGCUUAUGAAGUCAUAGAGCAAGCCGUAUCGCGGGUUUGUUUCAACAGUCCCUUGCUUUGUUCAGGCUUCAGAAAGUAGGCGAGUCAAUGCAUCAUAGAAAACAAUUUCUUAUUGAAAGCCAGUGUUCGGAUAAGACCUUUGGUGCUGUUAUAAUCGCUAAAUGGGGUAGAGUAGCAGCGCUACGGAGAUGCAGAAGCAGCGAUAUCGCCAACCACCCUUUCCCACCUUCCUUACGCCUCCUCAAACUACAACACACACACACACACAAAAGAAGAUUCUCAUGUGAAUAUAUCUCGCAUGAACACAUGCGGUGAUUUGUUUCCAAUAAGUCCUCAGCUGGCAGCAGCUGCUGGUUAGAGUUGCGCGGUACUCUCAACCCUAUGUGGUCACUUCUCCAUCUUUGUAGAAGCCAUUUUUUGUUCCAAAAUGAUUUAUCUGUUCUGUAAAACAUCACCGAAAGAACGCAAUCAUUUUCCAGGAGUUGUUGCAUUUUGUGGCUUUCACUUUGACACCUUUCCUGGGGGACUAACAGGAAAAUAUUUGAUGCCCUUCCUGUACAGGUGCUAUGCGAACCGCAUCUUUAAUCUUGCCGCAGCUUUACCGAUCAACCAACCGGCAGUGAGUAUCAGCUGCGUAAAACGCCAUCUGCUGGGCGCGCACACAAUGUUCCUCGGCGCCUCCAAGUUCGUGCGUGCCGCGCGCAUGCGCAACAACAAUUAGGAAAGAGGUCAAUUAUUUCUGCAGAGUAUCGCCACAAAGAAAAUAAUUUCGGCUGCCCUGGGGGCUUAAUCGCUUCAUCGUCGUUACAGUCGUUACAAGCUAACGAAUGGCGGGAAAUUCAAAAAGGCGGGCGGGAAAUUUAAAGAGGUGGGCACGUGAUAAAACACGUGCACGGCGCUCUUCGCGCGAUACGUGGAGGCCGUGGUAUACGUCACGCGCAAUGUGUCACGUGCCCACCUUUUUGAACUUCCCGCCACUCGUUAGCUUCUAACGACCGUAACGACGACGAAGCGAUUAAGCCCCCUGGACUCCUGACUGAACGUCUCGUGCGCAGAAUGCAUUCUACGAAUAUGUACACGCCUCAACUUUUCGGGUUUUCGGACUAGAUGCUACGAAAGCUGGUCCCAGACUGAACGAAAACGCGCGCACCGAGUAAGCUCUCCGUAGACGCGCAUCCAGUGCGCUGAAACGUCUCCGAACAUCUGACCAACGACAACUUUGUUUCGGUGAUGACGGGAGAGGUGUUUCGAACAUCUGACCAAUAACGGAAAGAGAGCGCAAGGGGAAGUGGAGAAUCGGCAAAUGGGGAAUGUCGGAGAGGGAACACCAGCGCCGUGGGAGAGGGCACGGCUCAUGCAUGGCGUGUCGGAGGGCGGCCAGCUCAUUCGUCAAAUACAGUCAACCCUCGAUUUAUGAACCUGCGAUUUAUGAAUUCCCUCGUUUUAUGAACCUCGAUAUUCGAAUAAUGAACGGAAUUUCUGGGAACCAACUAGGAGUUGCCCAGCGUUUUUGCCCUCAAUUUAUGAACGUAUCGUUCUGAGGUCAACAGAAACCUUCAAAGGGAUAAUUCCGUGGUCUUAUGAAUGACGCCUGAACGGACAAAACGUUUUCCAGGUAUUGCACCCUCGGUUUUUAACCCCUCGAAAUCCGAACAACAAACGGGUUUUCCGGGGUCGCACAAGUGUUCCUGACCUCAGCUGAUGAAUAAGGUGGUCGCUGUCACCCGGAGAUUAAUAAACGGAGGUUAAAAAUCCCGGAGGAAAUCCGAGACCAGUCCAGUGCGAAUGUGGUGACUUCUCUUAUUUCCAAGAUUGGCACAGCGGAAGGCAUGGUCAAAAGCAAAAUUAAACAAUUUAGUAUUGCAUAAUAAACAGAGUGUGAAUGCGUUAACGUCUGUUCUUUGUGAGAAUGAUACAGCAGAAGGCAUGGUCAAAAGCAAAAUUACACAAUAUAUGGCAUUAUAAACACAAUCCCAACUCGGAAAUACUGUUGCAUUUGCUCGAUACUACUCAGUUAACUGAAUUUUCGAUUUAUGAAUCCCUCGAUUUAUGAACGAUUUUUCGAGGAACCGAGGGUGUUCAUAAAUGGAGGGUUGACUGUAUUCGGAACCCCAUAUAUUUCCUCCUCUUCCCCCCCCCCCCUCCCACUUCUUUAGAUAGCAAGCAUCUUCGAGCUUUCGAUCCGCUGCCCGAAACGAUUUAACUGUCGGUAACAUUCACUGGCUUCGAGCCAGCUAUAUUAUUUCAAACACAUUCCAACGUAAUGUAUAGAGAAAGUAUUUCACCAUUUCGAAAUAUUCGACCAGAAGCGAUACACCUAGCACGAGUUACCGGAACGAGAAAUAUUCAGUAUCAGAGUAACGCUGGCGUAUCGGUGCGAUGCACUCACCUGCUAAAACGCUUCAUUGUCGCGAACGCAAAGUGAGGAAAGGUAACGUACUAUUUUCGACGUCAUUAUAUAAAUAUAUGUACACAUACGUAUACGAUAGUGUCUUGUAAAUAUGUAAAGCUUUCAGAAAAUACAUGCCGUCGAGCAAACAUG